GGACCGUUUCCAAGCAUGGGAGACAGGCUGCCGGAGCCUCACGCCAGCUCUUCCCCUGCUGUGGCUGCCAGCUCGGAGGCGGAAGAAAUCGAGGUGCUGGACUCCGAAGAUGUCCUACCUAUGGCCGCAGAGGAUCACUGGAAAGUCCUAUUUGAUCAGUUUGAUCCUGACAACACUGGCUACAUCAGCACUGAGAAGUUCCGCUCCCUUCUCCAGAGGCAUGGCUCGGAGCUGGACCCCCACAAGCUGGAGGUCCUGCUAGCCCUGGCAGACAGCAACUCUGAGGGGAGGAUCUGCUACCAGGACUUCGUCAACCUGAUGAGCAACAAAAGGUCGAACAGUUUCCGUCAAGCCAUCCUGCAGGGGAACAGGAGGCUGUGCAGCAAGGCCCUGCUGGAGGAGACGGGGCUGAGCCUCUCGCAGAGGCUGAUCCGGCACGUGGCCUACGAGACCCUGCCGCGGGAGAUCGACCGCAAGUGGUACUAUGACAGCUACACCUGCUGCCCCCCGCCCUGGUUCAUGAUCACCAUCACCAUUGUGGAGGUUGCCUUUUUUCUUUACAAUGGAGUGGUCUUAGACAGAUUUGUGCUGCAAGUCAGCCACCCCUUGUACCUGAAGAAUGCAUUACUGUACCAUCCCCAGCUUCGGGCCCAGGCUUGGAGGUACCUAACCUACAUAUUCAUGCAUGCAGGGAUAGAACAUCUUGGGCUCAAUGUUGUCCUUCAACUCUUGGUUGGGGUUCCUCUGGAAAUGGUGCACGGAGCUGCGAGGAUCAGUUUUGUGUACUUUGCAGGAGUUGUGGCAGGGUCCCUGGCAGUGUCAGUGGCUGACAUGAGGGCGCCGGUGGUGGGCUCCUCUGGAGGUGUGUAUGCUCUUGUCUCUGCUCACCUGGCCAAUAUUGUGAUGAACUGGUCAGGAAUGAAGUGCCAAUUCAAACUGCUGCGCAUGGCUGUUGCCUUGAUCUGUAUGAGCUUUGAAUUUGGAAGAGCCGUGUGGCUGCGAUUCCACCCCUCCGCUUACCCCCCAUGCCCCCACCCCAGCUUCAUGGCUCACCUGGGAGGGGUGAUGGUUGGAAUCACCCUUGGUGUUAUCAUCCUGAGGAACUAUGAGCAGAGACUCCAAGAUCAGACUUUAUGGUGGAUCUUCCUUUCUAUUUACGUCAUUUUUGUCUUAUUUGCCAUCUUCUGGAAUAUUUUUGCCUACAGUCUGUUGGACCUAAAGCUACCUCCCCCUCCUUGAAAACAUGGGACAGAAAACUGGAGAGCAGAAGUCAUCUGUCAGCUGUGUUAAAUGAAUGAAGAUGGAGGAUCUAUUUUUGUAUUUAACUUGGGAGGAUGAUUCUUCUGAACACACACAAGUGUGCUGAUGGAGAUGCUUAAAGAUCUCAUGAAAUCGGCUGAUCAGUUUGUUCACAAACCCAGCAGGUUGUGUAACUCUGGCUGGCCAUGCCCUGCAGUUUCUGCCCUGCACCUGGGCACUGACUGCUUGGGUUCUUAUCACACAUCAAUAGUUUCUAUUAGAUAUUUGUAUUUUCCAGGUCAGUGCUGGAAUUAUGGCCAAUUGUUCAGUGAAUUUCCUCUAUGUUACUGAACACUAAAAGGGAGGAAGAGCAGACAUUUACUAAUUAGAGACUCAAAUGGUACUCACAAGGCAGCUUGAGUCUGGUUUCUUUGGACAUGUCUGACUGUUCAGCCAUACCAGUGCCACUGUCUAAUUACUUGAAUGGUUGCUAAGGUAUUUUAGUCUCUGCUGAAACUUGUCUUGCACAACUUUCAAAGGAAUCAGCAGAACUUGAUCACAUAAAGUGAUGGAGACUGCUUUUCAACCACAGGUCAAAUGAAAUUGCACUAUAAACAUUGGGAAUCUUAGGUUGUGGAUACCCAGCCAGAAGUGAAUUUUCCUGUGCAUGUUUCACUUGAUUUUAAUUAAUUAUUCCCCUUUCCCCAGCCUGCUGUGGCUAAAGGGUGUGGCUGGAUUGUUGGGGGUAUUUUUUUGUUUGUUUGUUUUUGGGGGUUUUUUUGUUUUGUUUUUUUUUUCGUUUUUUUGGGGUUUUUUUGAGGGAUGAAGAAAAGAAGGUCAAAUAUUCAUUUGUGGUUUUACCAGGCGACAAUCAGGUGCUGUUUCCUUCUCACUUUUUUUCUGACCACACUGACCUAACACCUGGCUUGCAGUGAGCUCCUAGCAAGGAUCUCAACUCUUCCAGCAGGUUCCUGCUAGGAAAAUGGGACCAUGAUCACCUCCAGCAGCCCAGGGUGGGAGCUAUCCAGUCUUUACAGCCAUACAAUCCAUUUGGGGCCAAGUCCACUGAAAGCAGUGGAGCUAAAUCUGUUUGUAUGUAGCACUGGUUUCCCAAUGAAGUGGAGAGGGUGUUAUUUGCUACAGUGAUCAUUGUGAAAUGAAAAACAGGUUUUAAUAUGACUUCUAAAAUUUUGAGGAUGCCUAUUCCUGAGGCAAUGGAUGUUCAGGAGCUCCAGACAACAGUUAGGUGCAGUGAUGCCUUUUUCUUUAAUGUUGGUCAAGCCCAGUCCAGGCAAUCUGUAAGUGGGCUGUGGCACAGUUCACACAAUUGCCUGUACAGACCUAGGGACCACAUGGGGACAUCUGUAGCACAAGCAGAGCUUACAGGUACUAUUCUCUGUAAGGUGCUUAUUUUGCUUGUCACUUUAGAGAGCUGCCAAAUUACAGUCCAGGAGUGUGGGUGCCCUCCUUUUCUCUGCCCUUCACCCACCUAUUCAAUGGUCUGGACAAAGCAGCCAUAAUAGUCUCUCCAGACAAGCUCCUCUCUUCCCUUUUUUUCUGUUUCCUGCUGGUGCCCAGGCACAGCCACCAGAGUCUUUCACAGCACAUCCCACGGGCACCGUAGCAGUUGUGUUUGCUCUGUAGAAAAAUGUCUCUCUGUGUUGUGGGCUUUAUUCUCUCAGCUAUGCUAUCCAUGCUGCCAGAUGAUACCACAAGCUGGUAGGAGCCUAUUCCUCUAGAGGGGACAUCCACAAGUGCUUAUCAGCUACCCCCUUCUUUGCCUCUUAUGGAAAAAUAACUGGGUUGAGGGGUGAAGUCUUCUCCUACCAGAUGCACUCAUAAAAGUUCUGUUGCCUCAGAAAGAGGGAGGAGAAAAUAAGUGUAUCUGCAGCCUGGAACAAGCCUUACCUGCAAAAGAAACAAUUUUUGGCACCUUUGUGCACAGAAAUGGGAUUUCUGAGGGCGAUUGCACUUUUAUUGUUCUGCAUGGCCAGUGCAUUGCUCAUGGGCCCUCAUUGAGGACCAAGAGGAAGGGAUAAGGGCCACAGCUCUGAUCAUUUUGGAGAAGGGAUUGGUUCCCUGAGCCAUUUUACCUCUGCAGUUUGGGUCCAGAUCCCAACAGUCCUAAGAGUUCCCAUGGAUUGUUGCAGGUGCUGGCCCAGUGAGUAGCCGUGGAUCCCCCUGGGAGCAGGCAGGAAGGAGAGUGGGAGUUAGGAGAGUUCUGACAUGGUUAUCAAGUAAGGAGGACAUUCCUUCCCUCACCUAUUGCUAAACCUUUCUCAUUACAGAUGCCUUGAAAACAGAGGUGACCAGGAAUGGGAGUUCUCCUGAAAUCUUAGGAAAGCUUUUAAAAUUUUGGUAGAAAAUUUCAAUUGCAAAAAGACCUAAAUUAUUUUGCCUGUAAUUUACCAGAGUGCAAUGUGCACCAAUUGACUUUUAUUUUUGCUUUCUCAGCUGAAAGCUACUUACUGUCCAUUAGUUUCUUACCAGUAAAGGUUUCCAUGCCUUUCCUGCUUCCAGUGUGUGCUCUGAGGUGAAGCAACAAGAUAAAAGUUCAAGAGCCACCAGUUUCUUGAUCAGCUUGAUCAUGGCCAAAAUGUCUUUACUCAGCUCAGGAGUGGGAGAGAGCUGAACAGAGUAGUGCAGACAGCCACAGCCUUCCUUGGUCCUUUUUCCUUAGAUGAGUGUGGUUUACAUGAACUGGUUGAAAACAGCUCUGAAGUUGAUCUUAUAACUUGUUCUUUUAACCUGUUGUUCCUCUUUCUGACUUCAUUCUGUGUCCCCAUACCCUGCCUGAGCAAGUCUACAAACAGCCCUGGGGAUCAGAAGGGCCAGACUUUAAGGCAGUGUGAGAUUUAUGUUAGGUGAAGGAAUGAAACCCUAUCACAUUCCUGUUUACCAGAGCUGAAAUCUCCUCCCAUACAUGGAGCAGUUUGUGCACAGAGCCUGUUGUCUGCUAAGAAUCAAUCAGUUCAUGGAGCCAGAAGCAGCACAAAGUACUUAAGCUUUUUAAUUAUUUUUUUAAUCAUUAAAAUUAUAGUGUGAAAUCUGCUAUGUUUUUACAGAGUAUCAUCAAUUCCAGUUUUGCUAUUUUUUAACACACCCAGGAGUGCCACAGAGCUGCAGCAUCACAGAACUAACAGCAAUCAGGCUUUUCUGUUACCUCCAGAUGUCCUUGAAGCUGCUGGCUCAUGUUGGAGAUGUAAUAUUCUCCAUCCUGCUCAUUGUAGUUCCAACCUGUCACAGUCAGCAGCGUGUUCCUGAAGGAUCAUCCACUGAGGGACUGGUUUCAGUUAUUUGUUGUGGUUUUAUUUCAGCUACUGCUGGAAUUUUCCGUCAGUCAGAUAAAACACGAAUCUGUUAAAGCUUCUGACUGUGCAGUGCUAGAACAGAAGGCAAGGACCGUCACCAAAGUACAGGUUUGAACAGAGCACCUCGGAGCAAGUUAUUUUACACUGUGUCCUUGAGCGAGGACACAACACCUGGGGGAGAAAAGAAAAAAAGCAGGCGUUUGUGUGGUGGAUUUCCCGUGCGGUGAGUUCACUGCAGCACAGGUCCGUGAGGAUGAGGAGCAGUGCGGCAGGCGGAGGGAGCAGCCGGCGGCGCUGGAUGCGGGGCUGCCAGGGACCCCUGCCGGCGGCCGGCAGCAGCCCUGGCCCGGGACAAGGAGCUCCCACAGCCGUGGGGAGGAGGAGGAAAGAGGAGAACCAGGCAGAUCAAAGUCCUCGGGGACUGCAAAUGGCACUUUUUAUUCCUAGACAGGUAAAGAUUAGUGUUACACACAGCAGUAAUAACAGGCAUGAGGAGGAAAAGAGUUGUCCUGCAGUGGUGGGAGAGGAGCUUUCCAGAAACAAUCUCUGAGUGAAGUGUAGCAGUCAUAAAAAUGCUGAUGAAUUUACGUUUGCUGAGUUUUUAGGACAACAUCUUGUGUCACUGUUUCCCUGUCAGUUGAUGAGGAAUCUUAGCACUUACGUGGCAUAUUGUGGUUUUUCACUACUUGCUCCUUUGGCAGUGGGAAGUAUGUUAUCAACAGGGAAGGGGGAAGCUAGAGAAAUAAAGCUCAGGGAUUCUGUAUCCCAACAUCUUCUGAUGGAUUAUACUGCCCGUGUGUUUUAGAGCAGAUUAGGCCCUUUCAGUUUGAACUGGGCUAUGGAGGAUGGAAUCUGACAUGUUCAGAGUUGGUACUGACAUGACUGCUGACCUCACAAGGAAGCUGCUGUUCUCUGCCAAUAUUUAGUCUCACAAGAUGGUGGGUAGGACUUUCACACAUCCUUCAGUGAGUAAAGAGCUCAAAGUCUGUUCACAAAGAUUCAAGCUCAGCCCAGCGGCUGUGGAACCCCCAUGCGUUGGCUUUGCCCGAAGUGGAACUGGAGAAUGGGGACAUGGCAGCUCAGCACCAGCCACCUCUGGGGGCAAGCUGGGCCUAGAGAGCCCAGGCCAGCACCUCUGAGUAUUGCUGCUCCCCUGCUCCUCUUACAGUGGUGGCCGCUCUACAGUGCUUUGUGUGGAAGAACUCAAAGAUUCCUUCUCUUAUUACUGAUGCCAAGAGCUGGUUAUAAAGGAGUGGAGUGUAUUUUGCAGUUCCAUAUAAAAGAAUCACACCUAAGAGAGAAACCAAGCCUAUUUAAAGGCAAAUGUAUUUUAAUGUCACCAUUAAUCAUUGGCUUUUAAUUGGAAAAAGCUUUCUAAUAUGCCAGUAGGAAAAUCUGCAGAAACUUUACGUUUCAGGGUACUUUACAACACAAGCACAAAAUAUUACCUAUGAUUUAAGUGGCUAAAGUACCUUAUUUUCAGUGAGCUUCAUAGACACAGUUGUCACUGACUCUCUCCUGACUCCCACAGUGUCUGUUCAGUUUGCAAAUAAAGCCGGAUUUAUGCAGCUUUUCUUCUCCUUACACUACUAAUGCUAACAACACAUCCAAGUGUUAAACACAAAGCACUAAACUACAUAAUUUUCUGCCUUAAAUACUGAACAAGUGGUACUUUCCCUGUGAAGGGCUAGUGAAACAAAAUUAUAUUUGCAAGGUAAGAUGCUAUUGUAUGUUUCCAAAUAUUUUUGUAUUGUGUACAUUCUGUAUAUUUUUGUUGUGACAUUAUUUGAGCGCAGAAUCCAUUAAAUUCUUCUUUGGUGGU